UACUAUUCUCCGCCUGCAGCUACCAGCUAGUUCACUGUUCUGCUGCAGAGUGGAGCCAGUGACGUCACAGCUGAAGCAGUUCCUUGGAAAAAAAACGGAGAGGAAAAAUCGAGGAUGUAACAGAAAGAGAUUGACUCGUCUCCAUUAGCAAGCAUCGACGGAACUGGACAGUAUUACUUCCAGUCUGCUCCCCUUUAACCCCCCUUUUUUUAAAAAAAACAAAACAAUACUAAUAAUUUGUGUUGCCGAUGAUUUCUCAGCAUGUGGGCAAUGGCCAUGGUUUUCACUGGACUAUCCUGAUACCAUGCUGCCUUGGUUCACAAUGAGAGGAGCACUGCCCCCCUUGGAAAGUGCGCUGAGCAGCUGGCGUCUCGGUUGAUCGUGAGUGAGGAAUGGCCUCUUUGGACCUACCUUACCGCUGUCCGCGUUGCGGAGAACACAAACGUUUCCGGAGCCUGUCUUCCCUGAGAGCCCACCUGGAGUACAACCACACCUACGAGACCCUCUACGUCCUGUCUAAGUCCAACAGUGUGUGCGACGCCACCCUCGUCCCCUUGGUGUCUGAUGGGCCCCUGCUGAGCCCUGUGGGCGGCCAAAAGGACGUCUUCGAGAGCACCUCUUUCAGCGCCAAGGAACACCGUUACCCCUUCGACCUGCCAUGUGCUGAUGACCUGGGCCUGACUGCAGCUGCUGCUCGCUACAUACCCAAUGUAGAGAUUCCCCUGAGCGAGAUUUUUGUCAAGAAAGGAAUGACCUCCACCACUCCUCCCACUUCCACUCCCACCUCCACUGCCAUCUCAGCAGCUACAGCUGCCGCAAACGCAGUGGAGGCCGCCUACGAGGAAGGGCUGGCCCGGCUGAAGGUGCGGGCCUUUGAGAAGCUGGAGCUGGACGAGCGGCUGGAAAAGCUCUCGGAGGAGGUUGAGCAGAAGAUUACGGCCCGCGUGGGCCGUCUGCAGGUGGAGUUGGAGAAGAGGAGCUCGGAGCUGGAGAAGGCCAAGCAGGAGAGUGUGCGGCUCGGCCAGGAGAAGCAGGAUCUGGAGGACAAGGCAUCCGAGCUCUCCCGCCAAGUGGACGUCUCUGUCGAGAUGCUGGCCAACCUCAAGCAGGACCUGGUUUCCAAGGAGCAGGAGCUCAACAGGAAGCAGCAGGAGGGGGCACAGAUUGACCAGUUCCUGCAGGAGACGGCGGCGCGGGAGGCCAAUGCGAAGGUGCGUCUGCAGCAGUUCAUCGAGGAGCUUCUGGACCGGGCUGACCGCGCUGAGAAGCAGCUCCAGAGCAUCAGCAGCUGCGGUACCACUCCCAACGGCAGUCUGAGCCGCUGCAGUGUGCCGGGAUCCAAGAGCACCGGCCGACAGAGGGAAAGAAACUCUGGUUCCACUGUUUCUCGAGGGGUGUAUCAGGUGUCGGAUCGACGCUCCUCACCAAGCACUGGAGCCUCCAGCCGGGUGAAGACAGUGUCGCAGGGCUCGGGGGGGUACGACAGUGACAGCAUCGAGAUGCACCCCCUGGAGGAGUGCCCCGAGGCGCAGUACUACCACGUGCAGUGCCGCUCAGGGGAGGUGGGGUUCGAGAGAGCUGGCAUGUCACGGAGCUGGGGACUGAGGAAACAGGCCAUCCAGAACUGGCAUCGGCGGCCCUACCGCAACAGCACCGAAGGGGAGGAGGGAGACAUGUCUGAUGUGGGCUCCCGCACUACCGAAUCUGAGGCUGAGGUCUGGGAGCAGGAGAGGAGGGCCUCUUCAGAGACACAGCAGUCCAACUCCAAAAAGGCCACUGGGGGAUACAGACUUGGCACAGGUCGGUCAGAGGGCGGGUAUAAGCCCUGCCGGCAUGAGAAGCACAGCCCUUCCCAGUCGAACGAGGUGAUCAGCCCGGAGAUUCUCAAAAUGAGAGCUGCGCUGUUCUGCAUCUUCACCUACCUGGACACCAAGACCCUGCUCCGGGCCGCCCAGGUCUGCAAGGACUGGAAGUUUGUGGCCCGGCACCCUGCUGUGUGGACCCGGGUGCUGCUGGAGAACGCCAGGAUAUCCUCCAAGUUUAUGACAACCGUGUCUCAGUGGUGUACACAGACACACUCCCUCAUCCUCCAAAACCUUAAACCACGACAGAGGGGGAAGAAGGAGACAAAAGAGGAGUACCUGAAAAGCACACGAGGCUGUCUGGAGGUGGGUCUGGAGGCUCUGCUGAAGGCUGCGGGAGGGAAUCUGCUGAUCCUGAAGAUCUCGCACUGCCCCAGCGUGCUGACUGACCGCUCCCUCUGGCUGGCCAGCUGCCACUGCCGUGCUCUGCAGGCCGUCACCUACCGGAGUGCCACUGAUCCAGUUGGCCAGGAGGUGAUCUGGGCACUCGGGGCAGGCUGCAGAGACAUUAUUUCACUACAGGUGGCGCCACUCCACCCAUGCCAACAGCCUGCACGAUUCAGUAACCGCUGCCUUCAAACCAUUGGGCGAUGCUGGCCCCACCUGCGAGCUCUGGGUGUUGGUGGUGCGGGGUGUGGCAUCCAGGGCCUGGCAUCGUUAGCGCGGAACUGCAUGAGGCUGCAGGUGCUGGAGCUGGAUCACGUGAGUGAGAUCAACCAGGAGGUGGCGGCAGAGGUGUGUCGAGAGGGACUGAAGGGGCUGGAGAUGCUGGUGCUCACCUCCACCCCCGUCACACCCAAAGCUCUGCUGCAUUUCAACAGUGUGUGUCGGAAUCUGAAAUCCAUUGUAGUGCAGAUUGGGAUUGUGGAUUACUUUGAAGAUCCUAACAGUCCUGAAGCCAGGAAACUCUUUGAGGAAAUGGUGAACAAACUGCAAGCACUAAGGAAAAGGCCAGGUUUUUCAAAGAUUCUCCAUGUGAAGGCAGAUGGAGUUUGCUAACCCCGCUUAAGUACUGAUAAGGCACACUUUACCUCAGAAAAACAAGACGCAAUCUGAAUACAUUCUUUGCAGUUUGCCAGGAAAAAAAACAAGCAAACAAAGAAACAUACAAAAGAGAAGAAGUAGCAGUUCCUGAAACUCCUAUGAUCCCUUGCUUUUUUAAACAAAAAUUGAGCUUUUUUGUGCAAAUCCUUGUAAACUGUAUGGUGCAGGAGUAGAAGGAGCACAGACUUGUAUUUCUAGAGAACAACUACAGUAUAUGCCUGAGUAUUUGAUAUUGUUUCCCUGCUCUUAUGACUGGGAGGAAACCUAUGGUGACAGUAAGAGUUCGUAAAGACAAAGUCCAUCCAAGCAACUGAAUAGGGAAGUCUCUCACCACCUAGUAGUGCUUUCCAUGCUUCCUAAACUCAGCAUUCUUAAACUCAACUGGGAUUACUUUAGUGUUUAACUAGCUGACAGGACUCCUGAGCCAAGAUGAUUCUACAAAAUUUGGGGAAUCUGGGGGAGUAAACUUCAGAGAAAGGUUUGUGGAUAAAACAUGUUCAUUCCUCUCUCUCUCUCCUUUGAGUUCUUCCCACCAAGAGAUCAUAUAACCAUGAGACCAAAUCCACCUGCUUUAACAGAGAGAGAGGGGGGAAGGGGGGGAGCACUGCGUUAGGAGCAUAAGCUGCAUUCAUCAAAAAAUACAUUUUACAGUCAAUUCUUGCUAAUAUGAAUUGCAAGGGGCUAGCUAAAAAAUUAGUAUUGUCAGGAGUCUAAGCCAAAUGCAUACUGUGAGUUUUUAUUGAAGAUGCAGUAACAUAUAACUCCAUUUCAAUUACAGAACAAAUACAAGUAUUAUACAUUUAAAGGUAUUGUACAUUUUAUUGAAAAUACAGUUGGAAGUGAACUUUUAAAAGUAUGCAUUGCAAAUGAACUGCACUUGCAAUCUGCAUGUCCUAUUCGGAUCAAGUGCAUUUUUAAACCACAAAAGGCAUCCUCAACAUCAGAUAUUGAGCAAAUCGGAAACACUGACGACUUGCAUCCACAGUUGUUUUUAAGUCUGUGUUAUUGUAUGCCUUUUUUUCAGAAUGAUUGAGAAAGUGUUCACAGUAAUGUUGAACUCUGCAGCAGCAUCUUUCUUUUCUGUAUGGCGAUGCAUUAUCCACCGCUUUCACCACUUCCACUUCUGUAUGCAAGGAUAUGAUGCAUGAGCACUACAGGAACUCAAAGUGCAUCAUAGGAUCUGUAGUCCCAAAACAGUACUUAAAUACACUACAGAGGCACUAAUCUGGAUGCAAGUUAAUACAUUUCCCAAUAUCCUUUACACACAGCUGUUCAAACUAGAGCGAUUUGUUUUAUUCAAAUGUUUCUUCCUUGGGAGGGCUACAAAAUUAUUUGCACUGAUAGGAAAUGUGUGUUUAGUGAAUUCUAUUAUAAGAAAUAAUGGUAAUGCUUUAUAUUGCGUGACAUAAAUUAUUAAAUAGAUAUGCAAUUGCAUAUUAAAUUAAUGUUAAAUUAAUAUUUAAUAGAUAUGCAAUUGCAUAUUAAAUUAAUGUUAAAUUAAUAUUUAAUAGAUAUGCAAUUGCAUAUUAAAUUAAUGUUAAAUUAAUAUUAAAUAGAUAUGCAAUUGAUAUUAAAUUUAUGUUCAAUUAUUCCUUGUUACUUUCCAUUAACAUUUAAGUCAGAUUAACUGUAUUUUCAAUUAAAAACAUGUAAACAAUGGGAAAUUAUUACAUAUUUUCAAGGGUAACAAACCAUAAUAUAAAUGGACGUGAUAUGCAAUUACAUUUUCAAUCGACAUUUGGUUAACAUUUAGCAAGAAACCAGCUAUUGCAUAUUUAUUAAAUAUUAAUUUAACAUUAAUUUACUAUGCAAUUGCAUAUCUAUUUAAUAUUAAUUUAUGCCAUGCAAUAUAAAGCGUUACCUAAGUAAUUUACAAUAAGCGACUGCUAAAUUUGGCUAGGACCAUGUAGAGAAUUCCUAGUAACAGGAAAUUUGGCUAAUCUGAGUUUGUUUUAACAAGAAUUGACUGUAUUUGAAAAUGGAUGGGUGUACUUUUGUUAUGGUGUACUGUAUUUGCUUCUGCCACAAGCUCAGCUUGUUGAUGGCCUAUCUGCAUGCUAAAGACCCCUCUGCAGCCCAGUACAGUUUUGUAGUCUCUUGCUACAGAGCUGUGUACAUGCAGGAGUUGCCUAAAAUAGCUUUUGGUUUCCCUUUGUACAUAUCAUCCUACCGUACUGUAUCUGCCAAUGAGUCCUAUAGAGCCCAUACGCUCUGUAGAGUUGCUGUCUAGCUGGGUGAACAAGUUUAGAUUCAACCCAAGUUCAUCUGCAUUUCAUCUAUCUGCCUUGAAAUCUUGCCUCUGGUAAAAAUAAAUAUAUUUUAUAAAAGCAAAUUAGUAAAUAAAUAGUGCACACAGAUAAAAGCAUCCGACCGUUUGGCUCUUGUCCUCAUUUUAUGAGCACACUUCACAAUACAGGUACAUUAGCUACACUGUAGCUACACUGGAUUUGUUUUUGGAAAACAAAAUUUAUAGGAUUGGUCACCUAACCAGGAAUGAACCCAAUAGAAGAAUGAGGAAAUCAUGAAUUAUCGGUGUGGUAGAAUAUCUAGGGAGCACUGUACGUGUUGUGAAUUCUGUGUUAAAUGCAUGCAGUUAAUAAUAGUAAAUGGUAACUACAAUUCAAAUACAUCUAGUUUCUGUACCUGUAUUUUAAAGUGUAUCCCAUCUGACGUGCCUGAACAUAAUUCUGAAAGGUGUCCAAUCUUUUCUGAAGUGUAGUAUAUAUUUCCCUAAAUUGCUAGGAGGGAAUAAUGUUAAAAAAAUGUUUUGUCCAAAUUUGGAAACAUAGUAAAACAAAGCUAGUAUUUUGUUAAUGCAUAGCCUGAGCAUUACUGCAACAGGAGACAGAACUUAGUAGACAGUCAUGAGUGUUGUCAAUUGGGACCGAUAGUAAAAGCACCCUGUAUUUUCCUGCUGUUCUGUUUUUGACAAUCGAUCUUUGACAGACUUAAUUGUGCCAUGUGUUCAUAUUUAAUUUGGGGCUGUAUUUGGCACAAUAAAGGCAGCACAAUUUGUAAGACCUUUUCUUAAGCUAGAAAUUAAAUUAGUAUGCCCACCCUUCUGUGUCUGUGCAGGCCCCCAACAUAAAAUAAAUAUAUUUAAAAAAAAAAAAUCCUCCAAUUGCCACAUGCCCUAGCAAGGAGUAUGCUGAGCAGUAUAUAGAAAGAGACCAAAUAUAAGAGUUUAGUAAAAAUAUAUAUAUAUAUAUAAUAUUUAUAUCCAAUGCAUUAAGACCUAUAAAAAAGAUAACAUUAUUUAAUAGAGGAUACAAAUUAUUUGAAUGAUUUAUUUCUAUAAAAAGAGAGACAUCUAUACCGUUGGCAUGCUCGUGUGUUGUAAAGCCACCGUUCAUCAUGUUGCCUUUUAGCUUAUCUGAUAGAUUUUAAACUAGAUGUGUGUAUAUAAGGGAUUUUUUGCUUGCACAAGUUUGUUGCCAUUAUGUUUCUUUUUUUUGUUUUUUUGUUUUAUGGUUGGUUCGUUCCACCAAUGAAAAGCUCCUUUUGUGCAGUAUUAAAAAAUGCUAUAUAGUGUUUUUUCAAGUGUUUAUAUAUUUAUCAAUAUUUGUUAUUAAUGAAGCACUUUAGAAUUUUUGCUAGCGCUUUUAGAGAUCUGUAGUUGUGAAUGCUAAAAACUGGUAGAAAAUCAAGCUUAUUUGGUGUACUCUAUGUGAUGACUGUGUAUUCUUCAUGGUUUUGUCAAUUGUGCCAAGAUUUGAUUUACCAACUCUUCUGCGCAGUCACAUGACCCAAGACUACAUUCCCGAACCCCUCCCACACUACAGCAAACCACGCAUUUUACUUCCUGAACUGGUAUACAUGCAGGUUGCUUUAUGAUGAUCAGCAAACCUGAAGACUUUCCAUUUGCGUUUUUAUUUGUCUAAUAUUAGAAGAGUGAUUACAGCUGAGCUUUUUCCAAGGAGUUUUAUAAUAAGCGAAGUGACAUGGUCUGUCAAACCACAAGAGCAAAUUUCUGUUUCCUUGAAUUCUGAUGAGUAGCUAAUUGAUGCUUUUAUCAAGAGCAUGUAAUCGUUUAGACACCAUUCUCCAGAAAAGCAUUUGAUUUAAAAUAUAAAUAUGAAUAAUGCAUAAUGCAUCAUUAUUCUAAGAACUAAUCAUCUCAUAAUGCACAGGAAUCAGCUACAAUAAGUAGUUAGAAUGUUAUCAAAAGUAAGGGGGGGGGCGGGGUUGUAACUCUUAAAUUCAGAGUAGGUUCAUAUUUUAAUAUUUUCAUGCCGUAUUUGCGUUAAUACAAUCAUCUCCUAAUUCUAAACACAAGCCAAUUAUUAUAUUGUGAGGACCGGUUCAGCUAAUUUUAACCUGGUAUAGCUAAUUGACAGUAAAUAUUGUCCAUUAUUCUGGCAUCAACCUGGAGUGAUUUGCCAUAAUUUCUUUUCAUCUGGAAUCCCUGCUUCAGAAAUGACAGCAAUGAAGCAGACUUGCAAACAUGACAGCAGCUUUCAGCUGCACAGGAUAAUAAGACAGCAAGAUCCCAAGAAUUCUCUGCACAGCUACUGUAAAACAAGAACAUUUCGUGAGCAAGAAAUGUUUGCUUUUUUCGCGUUUAUUAAAAAUCCGCAAAAUUAAUGUGCCGUGAAAUAUAUUAUUCAUACAUGAACAAACAAAAAACUAGAGAGAAAUUCACCACUCUCCCCAAAAGGGUCAAGCAUGGUAGAAUGGAGCACAGAGGAAUUUCUUUCUUUAAAAAAGACUGCCAGUCAAAUUAGCAGAAAAGGAGAGACGAUCCUUAGAAUUUAAGAAGGAUCGUCUUCCCAGGGUAGUUCUAUUACUGUAUCUACAAUGGAAGAGGGGUAAUUGUUUGUGUGUUUGUCCCCCUUUCUUGUGAAUACCCUGUUACGAUGAAAUAUUUAGCUAAUGCUCUAGGCAGCAGUUCUAUCAUCUUGACAGUUAAAGGCUCUGUUAAUCUGAAUAAAGCCAGCUCACGUCGAUUGGGUUAGAAUGGGCUUUGACGGCAUUAACAGGAUUAAUAUAGAAUGCCUACUUAACAUUAUUACAUACAUAGGCAGAUAUAUUUUGAGAGCAUUCCUAUUAUUAGUUUUCUUUUCACAUCACAGUGAGGGCUGUGGGUCGCUAUGGAAACACUGUUUCCCAGGCUGUCCUGUGUCUUUUAGUGACUGCCACGCGGAAGAGCUGGUGCCAAACUGUUUACAUUUGUGUAGAUGUUGUGGCCUUGUUUUGGUCAUCUACAUCAACCCAUUGCACUGAGAAUCUCAAUCAGUUACAUUGCAGCAUUGCACUAUUAACCUUAUUUUUUAAUAGGUCAACUAAAUCAGUUCAUGAAACAAAAGGCUAGACCUGGCUUAAGUGUGUGGUAUAUUAUGCCUUUAAAAGUUUAUGAAUGACAUGACCUUGUUAAAAUCUUGUUUUCUGUUUUGUUUAUAUUUACUGUAUAAAGUUACCUGUAUAAAAAAAUCUAGGGUUUGCAGUAUGUUUAAAAAUGUUAGUCCCAGUAAUUACGCUAUUUCUCUACCGAUAGACUGAAUUAUAAUUUUUAGGUUACAGACUGGUUGAAACUAUGGAAAUAAACCCUUCUGGCUUGAAAUUGCUAGAACGAUGCCUCCCUUAGCAACAGUACGUACCUAUUACAGCAACAAACCCCCUAUUUUACAUGCUGCUGUGAAAAUCAACAGUAAUAUGUUGACUUUUUAGUGUCCCAAAAAAGUCAAAACUACAAGUUAAGAGCUAUUUUGAGCCAUGUCAGGUGGAUUAUUGGUGAAAUCAAAUACUUUACAAUCUGUUUGAACACAAUGUUCACUGUACAUCUUAAUUGGUGAAGCAGCUGGUUCAGCUGUGAUUCAAAACAUUGCUUUGCUCAUAAAUUACUCAGCUAUGUGAAAAACAAGACUAGAUUGAUCACUUCACCUAAAUCACAUUCCUAACAUGGUAUGUCUACCACACAACUGUGUAAUGUACCAGUGAUGUCUUGGAAAAGUAUCCUUAUGUAACAGAAAAUUUAAAUCAGGAGUCAAAUGUUUGUCUCCCAUACAUUUUCUAAACCCAAUAGCUAGAACAUUUCUAAGCCUACACCUACUUUUAUGAGUCUUAGCUGAUUUCACUACAGAUUCAGGACCAAAAACUAAAAAUGGACACGCCUUCUCAUUAAAGCACAGUAAUGGAGAGCUUCAUAUUUUUUUGUUUAAGAGUCAACAAUGUAGACAGAACACCAUUAGGCAAACCCAGAGAUUUUCUGUACAGGAAACUAGAAUACCAAAAGUUCAUAGCAUUUAUACAACAAUCAUGGUACUUUAAUGAAUAUGCCUGCUUACUGUAGUGGAAUUAAUAACAUACAAAAACAACCAUUAAAAGCAGUCCCGUCAGGGAUCUAUUCUAUAGCAUAUAAUGCCUUUAUUAUAAAUGUGGAAUUAGAGGGGCUACCGUCCAAAACCACAUCAUACAGAUACAAAAAAAGGAAUAAUCUGCAUAUCAAAGGUCCUAAUUAAAACAUAACUGAGUCCUUGGAUUUGCCUGCAUAGGAGAAUCAAAUCACAGGACUCAUAAACAACAUACUGACCCUUUGAAAAUGACUGUACUGCAAGUCUGUUAAAUUGACUCUGAAUCAAUGCGUACAAUUAUUUAUUAAUUACAGUUCUUGCAUAAUAUUUACCAGUUGUUCCUAUUUUUCUUACUAUGAAUGGUGCUGGUAGCAGUCCAAUCUGAACAGGUGUUAUGUGCCUAUAUAUAUCCAAACCGGUCAAUAGAUGUCUUGUAGAAAUUAAUUAUGUUGUUGCAAGUAAAAUGUAUUUUCUCCUAUUUACAGUUGUGUGUAUGGUGAUGAAAAAAAAAAAUCUAUUGUGAUAUAAUUUGUGAAAUAUAUUUGCCAAAACAUAGCUGCUGUUCUGGUCCAACUGUAAAUACAUCUUUUGUCAUGCUGAGGCUUAAUGAGUAUAAAAUCCUGUCGACUGUAGAUCUUGAUUUAAUAACUUAGACUGUGUUUUUCAUCUUUAUUUGGAGUGGAUGGAUAAUGAUAUACACACAAUUUAAGAGAGAGACACAAUCAUAUUGAACUGGUAUAUUUACGGAAAACUUACACUUAAUCCAUUGCUAUUUACAUAAAACAACCCAGGUGAAAAAAUCCUAUAGAAAAUCUUACAAAUAUCCUUCUAAAAAUCUUAUAGGCAUCAGAACUGUUCUAAGAAUCCUGUGCAAUUCUUAUAUAAAUGCUAUAAAAUUGUUAUGGGAUUGCUACAGAAGUAUUAUAUGAAUCCUUUAAAAAAUCUUAAAGGAAUCAUUUCAAAAGACCGAAAACAAUCUUUUCAGAAAUCUUAUACGAAUUGUAUACAUAUUAUAGGAAUUACAUUGUUUUAAAUUUACCUGUGCACAAACCACUCAUUUGAUGCCAUUUGCUUUAGCUCCUGCAACUACAAUUUUCACCUUUUAAAGUAUGUAUUUUGUUAAAUAUUUUGUUAAAUAUCCUCCAGAAACUACUACGCCAUUUGUUACAGUUUCAGCUUUAAAAGCCAAGGACGAUUACAAAAAUUUCUUCAUGUAACAUGCUAUUGUGUAUUACUGUUGCUGUGUAAAAAGGACUGUCUCUGUACUGGUACUUAACUGUGAAAGAUGUGUGUAGAGAUACCCAUUGUGUUGGAUGGAUGUAGUAACAUUUAAAGGAUACAGAAGGUUAGUAACUCCAUGCAUUAGACUUACUUAACAAAUAUGGUAUUAUGCAUUCAUUAAUCUGUUGUUUACCGCACUGCUGGGAUAAUGUAUGUAAUAAAGUUAUUAAACUUUUUUUUUUU